AUGGAAGAAUUUCAAAUUGAAUUAAAAUCAACAAAGGACAUCAAAUCAGCUGAUAAUGAAAGUAAUAGAGUUCUAAUUGAGUUCACUAGAUAUUAUCAGAGUAUUGUUGAUAUAAUGGAGCAGUUCAACAGAAGUUUUGGGAUGCAUCUGACCAGUGUCAUAACCAUAACAACUUUGAUGAUAGUUUUUUGUAUGGAUUUUCUAGCCAUUCAGAUAAUUCAACAUGAUUCUUGUCUUAAAAUCUUUAAUCUGUUUGUUUUUGACCACAAAAUGUUACUGAAAUUAUUAUCAAUUAUAGAAGAAAUUACAUGUUUGCGAAACAAACCUAAAGAAUCUUUGAUUAAUUGGCAAUCGAAUCUUACCUGA